AUGGCUUCCGGCUACGGUAACAACCUCGGUCCUAACCGCUGCUUCCCCUUCUGGCAGGAGGUGCUUGGAUGCUAUGUCGUGAACUCGGCCGAGGGUGUUGAGGGCAAGAAGAAGUGCGCUCCUGCUUUGGAGGAUUACAACGAAUGUCUUCACCACAAGAAGGAGGUCUACCGUGCCUUGAGAAUUGCCAACGCCGUCCGCAAGACCGAGGCCGCGUCCCCGCGUGAGAACGCCCCCAAUGCCGAGGAGAUUCGAAGCCUGGGCUUGCUGGGCCGUGAGAAGGAAACUGCCGCUACAUUGGAAAAGAUCCGGCAACAAUAA